CCCCGCUCCCCGCAUGCACGCGCACGCACAGACAAGACGCACGCGCGCGGGAGUGUGGGGGGGGGAGUCACAACAGAGGGGAGGAGAUAAUGCGGCGAUACCAGGGCGAGAGAGAAGGCGGGAUGGGGGGGGGAAGGAGGAGGAGGAGGAGCAGAGAGUCUGGAGACGCGGCAGAGACGGGAGACCCAGCGGCAGUGACGGGAGAAGUGGGAGGAGAGAGGCAGGGAGUCUCACACGCGGGCAGGAGAGAGAGGACACGGAGUGCUGGAGAGAGUGAAUCGAGAGUCGCGGAGAGGACGGGACGUCCCUGCGAGACACGGGAGACGCAGGGAGCGCUUCGAGGGCAGGGAGAGGUCGUGGCGGAGUGCCGACGAGACGAGAGGAGAGAGGAGAGACGGCGAUGGAGGCGCUCCUACGAGUUCCGUUGCUGCUGCUCGCGGCCUCGCUCCUCACCUGUCCGCCUCAACUCGUGCACGGAGCCGAGUGCAAGGAGGGCUGCGAUCUGCGCCAGGGCUACUGCGAGGUGGACGGAGAAUGCAGGUGCCAGCCCGGGUGGCAGGGCGAGCUGUGUGGGAACUGCACGCGAUUCCCCGGGUGCCAGCGCGGCUCCUGCCACAUGCCCUGGCAGUGCGACUGCGAGGACGGGUGGACGGGGCGGCUGUGCGACCGCGAUCUGAACUUCUGCGGGCACAAUCGGCCGUGCCACAACAACGGCUCGUGCUCCGACGACGGCAGCGGCGGCUUCACGUGCACGUGCGCCGACGGCUUCACGGGCAGCCGGUGCGAGGAGCGCGCUGGGCCCUGUCACCAGCAGGGGUACCCGUGCAAGAACGGCGGCGCAUGCAUGGACGAGGCGGGCUCGGCUCACGUCCUCGUGUGCCUGUGCCCGCGCGGCUUCUCGGGGCCGCUGUGCGAGGUUCCGCCCGACCCGUGCGCGAGCCGUCAGCAGCGCGGGCCGCCCUCUCCGUGCGCCGAGGGCUCCACGUGCGUGCCGCGCGGGCCCUCGCGCUUCCUCUGCGUCUGUCCCCCGGGCCGGGCGGGCACGCGCUGCGAGCUUGCCGCCGCCUCCUCAUCAUCGUUAUCGUCAUCCUCCACCGCCGUAAACCCCUCCGCUUUUGCUGCCGGAGCCGCAGCCAGUCCGAUCGGUUCCACCGUGCCGGGCCCGGCAAUGCCUCCUGAACGUUCAAUCGCGGAGCCAACAGAUGCCGGAGAAGAUCUGAGCAAAGCCGGAGAGGGGAGCUCCGAAGCGGCUCAGGCAAGGCCGCAGCCAAACCUUCAGCUCAAGAUAACCGUCGUGGAGACAGAGCAGAGGCGGGAGGGUGGCGACGGCCUCCUGCUGAGCGACAGUGGCUGGCUGAGCGCCUUGCUCGCCGUGCUGGCCUUCGUCGGCCUGGUGCUGGCGUGCGCCCUGGCGGCGCUGCUCCACCGCGAGGGCCUGUGGAGUGCAGUGGCACGGCAUGGCCCUCGGAGUGGUGUCGAGGAGAGUGGUGGCUCGGACGAUGUCGAGGCCACGGCCGGGUCGCACUCUAACCUCAUUGGACCCGGCCGGCUGAAGCCUCCCUCUGUGAAGGCGGUGGACAACAUCACGACCCUGCUUGAGCCUGGCCAGCUUAACAAGGCCCACAAGGACAUCAACCUCCGGCAGAGCCUCGCCUGUGCAAAGUCUCUCCAGGGUUGAGCCCCUGUCCGUCGCGAGCCUCCACUCUUUGCUGGGCCCAAACUGGGGGUUGCGACACUCCCGUGUGACUCUGUUGAACCAUUACGAUGCCGAGGCGGCCGUUUGUGUCGUCUUCCACGAACUGCACAGCACCUUAUGACCCCUUCCCUUUUCGCCACCCUCUCAGGCCUCCUAUCUCACCCGAGUAAAGCUCCCCCUUCGUGGGUAAGGAUCUAGGCAAGUUUGUUGUGGAGCGAAGUGAUUGCUGAGAUAUCUUUUUAAAUGACAUUUUUAUAUUAUCGUUUAAAAGUAAAACUGAUGUUGUUGUUGUUGUUUGGAGUUGAGCUUUUAAAAAAGGCACAAAAUAUCUUAGUGUGUUCAAUUGUGAUAGACAUAGGCCGACAUCAAAGUCCCACCUCGAGACUUCUUUCAGUCACACGGACAGCUCUCUGUCUCUCUGUUGCUCGCGUGACCGUGAGGAUGGCCCGAUCACAGGAGGUACAGCACUAGGCUCAUGCGAAGGUGUGUGUGUGUUGUUGUCCGGUAACCGGUCCUAGGCAAUGAAACGUGCUCGACGUGAACAACAUGAAUCUACUAACAUCUGAAGCACAGGCACGAAUUUGUAUUUAUUCCAAAUUGUCACCGAUAGUUUAUAUGACACCCAAUCCAAACAGAUGGGACUAGUAACAGGGGUGCAACUAUGGGGGGGUGGGGGGGGGGAGGUGGCAGUGUCACACGAUGCAAAGGAGCCCAGUCGGCCACAAGGGGGUCCCGAAUCAACAGGUAAACAAAUACAAACAAUUAUGAUUUAAAGCUUUCGUGACUGCAGGGAUUCAUAUUCUUGGUUCUUUCGGUAAAGUCACGUAGAAGGGA